GCGGCCGGUCCAGACGGAUCGGAUCUCUCCUCCCCCGGUUCUUCCCCCGGUUCCCCCCUCAGUACCGCGAGAGUUCGGGCUCCGGGGGCGGAGAGAGCUCAGCGCAUGACCGGCAGCAGCAGCGGGCCCGGCAGCCAUGGCGGACUCUCUGGCCACAGGAUCCCGGCGACAGUUUCCCCGAAUCAGCAAAUCGAGAGCUUCCACCCAGCUGCAGGUCCUCGCCUGUGACUCAGGAAUCUAUUACAACAAGAGAGCAGUCCAGGGGAAGUAUGCGAGAGAUGGAAUCCAAGAGCUACAAGGCAUACCGGCCUCCCUGAUCAGCGAAUGGAAGGAGAUGUUUAAGACGUCGCCACGGGUAAAAUGUCCAAGCUCCGGUUGCUGGCUGGAGUUCCCCAGCGUUUACGGGCUAAAACAGCAUUACCAGAGAUGCCAGGGGGCUGCACUCCUGUCCCGGAUGGUGGUCUCCUGCCCUCACUGCGAAGCUGUUUUCGCCUCGAAGCCUCAACUGCAGAAACACCUCAACUGGAACCACUCGGAGAAAGAAGACAGCCAGGAGAGCAGGGCGAGUCCGCCGAGCCUCCCUAGCAGGGCAAAAGAGAGGGAGGUAAAAAGACGACCCUCAACACACAGAAGGUCCAACCAGACAAUAGCACUUUCCCCAGAGGAGAACGGAGGCAUGGCGCAUGCCAAGGGCCGAGCGAAAAAGGGAGACGCCUGCCUGUCCGACGAGGAUCCUGAGAGGAUGAGGCACAGAAGGAAACAGAAAACGCCCAAAAAAUUCACAGGGGAGCAACCUUCCAUCACCACCACGUUUGGCUUGAAAGGCCUGGGAAAAGCGGAAGACAAAUCCAGAGCGAGACACAGCAAGUUUGGAAGAAUAGGGGAGACAAAGACAAAUAGUGGAAGAAUAGGGGAGACAAAGAAGAGACAGGAGACUUCCUGUAUAAGACUGGAGAACGUCACGGCCGCCCCUUCAGGCAGUGUGGACGACAACUUCCAUCGACAGACUAACAAAAGGGGGGAGGUGACCUGUCCGAACUGUGGAUCGGUUACCCGUAAGACUGUAGCAGGGCUGCGGAAGCACAUGGAUGUAUGUGAGCAGCUCCAAGAAGCUCUGAGGUGUCAGCACUGCAGGAAACAGUUUAAAUCAAAAGCCGGACUCAAUUACCACACUAUGGCUGAACAUGUCAAUAAGUCUUCCAGCACUAACAAGGUCCCAGUGAAUGACCCCAGGGAGCGGGAACGCCUGCGCAAGGUUCUCAAGCAGAUGGGAAAACUACGCUGCCCCAAGGAGAAUUGCAUGGCCUCAUUUUCCAGUCUUAUGGGUUACCAGUACCACACUCAGCGUUGCGGGCGAGAACAGUGCGACCGGGAGAAACUGCACUUCUCCUGUCCUCAUUGUAGCAAAGCGUACCGAUCUAAAGCCGGGAGAGACUACCACGUGCGCUCCGAGCACUGCACAGACCUAACCAGUCCAGAGGAACCUGAGCCGACAUCAAAGCAGGAGGUGGAGAUCGAGGACUUUGAACGGACCCCGAGCGGGCGAGUACGGAGGCGCUCGGCCCAGGUCGCCGUCUUCCAUCUACAAGAGAUCGCAGAGGAUGAGCUGGCAAAGGAAGGAAGCCGAAAGAGGAUGAAGGAGGACCUUGUACCGGACAGUAAGAGGCUGAACUACCUCCGUCCUGGCCUGCCGACCUUCAACCCCCAACUCCUGGACACAUGGAAGAACAGUGUUAAGGAUAACGGCUUCAUCUGCUGCCCUAAUAAUUGUUGUGAAGCAAUAUAUUCCAGUGUCUCUGGGCUGAAGGCUCAUCUUGCCAACUGCAACAAGGGUGAGCACUCGGUGGGCAAAUACAGGUGUCUCCUGUGCCAGAAGGAGUUCAGCUCUGAGAGUGGAGUGAAGUACCACAUUGUAAAGACACACUCACAGAACUGGUUCCGGGUUUCUGCUGUCUCUGCGGCCAUUACACGGAAAAGAAAGCAGAACUUCUCUUCUAAUAAGUCAGCAAUGGAAGCGAUCGGCAAGAAGAAAAAGAGGAAGAUACAGGAGGAAAGCCCGGUCGGUUCUCCUCCUUCCGCCGCAUCCCCGGACGCAGAGACUCCGCUUGCACUGAACACACACCCUAACAAAGCGACAGGCGGCGAUAACGCGCACGCACAUAACGCGCCGCCCGUCGUGAAAAAUCAGAAAGCCGCGCCAAUUAAGAGAGGGAAAUAACACGGCGUGACGCACGACGCUAAUCACAGAAUCCAGUUUUGUAGCCCUCAGAAAAUGGUAUGUAUGGCGUUUCAGAGGCUUCACGCUGACGCACUUCUGUCACCUUACACAGGACCAAAUGAGAUGAAUAUAAAUGAUCACUCUACAGAUUUAUAAUCCGGAUAGAGAAGUAACCAGAUGUAAAUGAAACAUUUUAAGAUUAUAUAUUAAA